AUGGACCCGGCCGAUAUUACCAAGCAGUGUCCCAAAGCUAACUACAACUACGUCCAGUCAAAGGCCGCUACGAGAACGUCCGCUGGAAACCUAAUGACUGCGGAUGGUGGGCUUGCUGUGAGUAUCAAUGAAAAGGCCGAGGUGCUCCGGGUAGACUUCGAGAGGGUUUACCAGAGAGACAGGGGUAGAGAUGUCCCCACUCCAGUACCGGCAGACGUACAACAGAUGGCAAAUCCGCCUAUCACCCGACUGGAGGUAGAAAAAAUUCUGGGCGCACUAAACACCGAAAAGGGUGCCGGU